AUGCCCGCCAAACCAAUCUCGAACGAACUAGGCAUUGCGACCCUUUCCCUGGGUCACUGUAGCAAGCACUCUCUCGAACCACGGAUUCGGGCUGCCGCUGCCGCUGGGUUCGACGUCAUUGAUCUCUUCGACGAGGACUGGGCGACGUAUCUGGCCGAAAAUGGCCUCGACUCUACUGAUCCUUGGGAAGCUACCGAGGAGAAACUCUCUGUUGCCCGCCAAUUGCGUGUUUUCGUAUCUUCUCUUGGCAUGCGCAUCGCAUGCACCCAGCCGCUGAGAGAUAUUGAAGGCAAUCUCGUACCCUCAGAACGGGAUGCGGCUCUCAAUCGCGUGGCAGCCCGGUUCCCGUUUAUGCGGGCGUUCGAUACAGACUUGGUCUUUAUGUGCAGUAGCAUGCGGCCUGACGAUGGCCAAACUGCCACAGCCAACUUCCAAACCGUCGUCAGAGAUCUGACAAAACUCAGCGACAUGGCUUUGGAGUUUGCAAACAACGACGGCCUUGGAAUGCUACGGAUUGGGUAUGAACCGCUCUCAUGGGCCCGACGCAAUACUUGGGCGUCGGCAUGGGAAGUGGUUCGAGCUGUUGACAGGGAAAAUGUCGGCAUCAUCCUUGAUUCCUUCAACAUUUUGGCGGUGGAGUUCGCAGAUCCAUACUCUGAGGAAGGCGAAGGCAGGAUGCUGUACAGCUCCAGAGAGCAAGCAUUGCGAAUACUCCAGGACUCCAUGGCGGCCAUGGCUGUAACCGUGCGACCCGAGAAGCUCUUCUUCGUCCAGGUCGCAGAUGCAGAGCGCAUGGAUGCAUCCGGGUUCCGGCCCCCAAAAGACCCCAAGGUCCCGAGGCUUCUCCCAUGGUCGCGGUCUCACCGACUGUUCCCGGAGGAGCAGCACAGAGGCGGGUACAUGCCCGUCGACAUGGUGCUGAGGGCGAUACUGCAGAUGGGAUAUACGGGGCCAUUGUCUUUGGAGGUGUUUUCACAUUCUCUGCAUGUGUCGGGCGAAGCGGUGCCGGGGGAUCUUGCAUCGCGAGGAAUAAAUGGGCUCAAGGCCUUGAUCAGAAAGGUCGUAGAUAGUCCGAGAGUGAGAGGCGAAAGGCCCAGAGCCAAUAUUUAG